AUGGCCAACCCUUCACAUACUAGUGGUCAAUUAGUACCAAAAAUUCUAGUUGACAACAAAAAAAGUGCAAGAACAAAUACCAAACAUCCUAUAUACCGUGGUAUACGUUGUAGAAGUGGAAAAUGGGUGUGUGAAAUUAGAGAGCCACGUAAAACAACAAGAAUAUGGUUAGGUACAUACCCUACACCACAAAUGGCUGCUGCUGCCUAUGAUGUUGCUGCCUUAGCUCUUAAGGGUACUCAGAAUAUUGUACUCAAUUUUCCUCAUCUUGUCAAUUCUUAUCCAAAGCUCCCUCCCUCACCAUCUCCGGACAAUAUACGUCACGCCGCGGCCACAGCGGCAACGAUGAUGGCUCAACGAGGUGACGAUGGUCGGUCGGGAAGCAAGAGAGGAGCUAUAUGUAACGAAGAGGGUUCAGUUGAAUCUUCUUUGUCGGAAAAUUAUGCUAUGCAAAUAGGAAAUACGCAAAUGAUUACGGGUGAGGAGGAAUAUGUUGAUGAGGAAGAAUUAUUUGAUUUUCCAAGUUUGCUUGUGAAUAUGGCAGAGGCAAUGAUGCUAACUCCCCCUAGAAUAAACUCCACAUCUUUGGAAGAGUAUUCACCAAGAGACUUUGAUAUUGAAAAUCUUUGGAGUUACUAA